AGCUCAUACUCGCCAUUCUACGCCUCCUUCUUAGACACGCACGACAAGCAUCAACUGUAGCAGCCAUGACCAUCCAGGCCAACGACAAGCUCGUCCUCUACACCAACCACCUCUGCCCUUGGGCCCACCGCGCUCACAUCGCCGCUGCUGAGCUCGGCCUCAAGUUCGAGGAGCACAUUGUCGACCUCGACACUCCCCGUACCAAGGAGUACCUCGCCAUCAACCCCCGCGGCCUUGUCCCCGCCCUCAAGUUCAACGACGAGAUCAUCAUUGAGAGCGGCAUCGUCGCGGCCUUCCUUGCCGACCAGUACCCCUCCCACCUCGUCCCCGAGUCCAGCGCCCCCGGCGGCGCCCUCAAGCGUGCCCGCAUCGCCCUCUUCGUCGACGCCUUCUUCUCCAAGUUCCAGAGCCCCCUCUUCAAGAUCUACACCGCUUCCGAGGAUGAGCUCCCCGCCGUCACCGAGGCUGCGACCGCCGGCCUUGUGAAGGAGGUUGAGCCCCUCCUCAAGGACGCUAAGCCCUACUUUGGCGGCGCCGACAAGCUUACUCUUGCCGAGGUCCUCACUGGCUCGUUUGUUGUCCGUCUCCUUUCCCUCGGCAAGGCCGGCGUCUACCCCGCCAGCUUCCUCGCCUCGAUCGAGCAGCAGGCCCCCAACUUCUGGGCCUGGGCCCAGAAGGUCGCUGUCCACCCCAGCGUCACCGGCAUCUACGACGAGGAGAAGGUCGUCACCAAGACCAAGGCUCGCAUUGAGAAGCUCCGUGCUGAGAAGAAGUAAGCCAGUGUUCUCUCUUCUAUGAGUGUCAUUGCGGCUUAAGUUCAGCGCACCCGUCAAAACCAUCACUUGCCCCUACACAUGAUCGCGCGACGUGCUCCUUCAGGGCUGGCGACUCUCGUGGUUCGCGGUUGUGAGGGCGAGGUGGUGUUGUUGUCUUUUGGUAUCUAUAGGUAGUGUAUGCAGUCAAGACGUUACAGCAGUUGCACUGAAA